ACUGAAUUUUUCAUGCUCAUUUUUCCUCGCUCCAUCUUCCUCAUUCCUCAACUAGGGUUCCGACUCCUGUGAGCCCGCCAAACAUCCACGGGUAUGGUCUUAUCUAUAUUCAGUUUCACAAGAUCUGGUAAGGUUGCAUACAAAUGUUGUGUAAUUGAUCCUUUUAAAACCUAUUUCGGUGUAUUUUGACCUUCUAACUUCAUCCGUUUUCUGAACUCUGUUUCAAAUCAUUCAGCCGGUGCGUUUGAUGAAUUCAUUCAUGCCUUAAGUUUUCAUUUUUCUAUAUGAUAGAUCUGAUCUGUUUGUGCUUAGAUUCGAUCUUUAUAUUGAGAUUCGAACACUAGAUCUUUGUUUUUUUUCGUUUUGCAUUUACGCUUUCGAGUGCAUAUCUUGAAAAACACAUCAUAUGCUUUUGCACUGUAAAUCUCGCAGAAGUUAUUUUUAAUUUUGAGACUUCAGGUUUUCAGUAUUUUCUGCAGUUAAGAUGAGGCCAAUUUUCUGUGGGAACUUUGACAUUGAAACCAGGCAGAGUGAGCUGGAGAGGCUCUUCAGAAAAUAUGGAAAUGUUGACAGGUUGUAACUUGGUGCUCUAGAGCUUGACAAAGUAGUUACUUAUAGUGGAUUUGGUUUAUUCGAUUGAACUGUUCAUCAAUUUAGUUAAGUUUGAGCCUUUUACUCUUAUAAAUUCUAGUUACAUAAAAAGAAUCAAAUGAUAACAUUUUUGAAAGAUUUCAUAUGUAAACUGGUGGUUUGUCUUAGAUCAAGCCAAUCGUUCAUACAUUUCGUUUGUUGUGGGAAUCUUUUAAGCACAACACUGUUUCCUUCAAGAAUGGUUUUCGUGUCAAUCCAUAUUCCGGAAAUAAUAAGUAACUCUAGAAAUUAUGUGUACAACUUCCUUAAAUGCAAUGGGCUUGAGCUUAUGCUACGGGGUCCUUGGGUGAGUGCCAACAAUGAAGGUCUGAACUCCAACCCCAAAAGACCAGCGGCAAGCUACUGCAGCGAUGGUUCUGAUUUUUGUAGACUCCUAUCAACAAUUCAACAUACUGCUUCCAUAUCUCUAUAAACAAAGCGUCUGUUCGCUGUGACAAUACAUAGCUUGUGCAUAGAUGUUUCAUUGCACUACAAUAAAGUAGAAGAUAAUGCUGAUGUGGUCAAAACCAGAUCUGAUCUGGCUUACUCUCAAUCUGUUUUGGCCAACCACACUGGAGAGACUUCUUCUUUUGGUGGGUAAAUAAAUCUGUUGAGGUCUUUUUAAGAAACUCAGCAAUGGGCGUGAGGGCUCAGAGAAUUAGCAUUGGCCUGCAAGAGGCAGGCUACUACACAGCAGAGUAUCUAUCUUCAAUUCAAGAUGAUGCAGCUUUACAAAAUCACUCUCUAUUGAGAUGUUUCAGGGUGUCAUAAAUAUGGAUAUUGGUAAAGGAAACAGUAUAUUUUGAUUUAGUGUAAACCCCAAUUCUCAACUGAUUCUUUGGCGCAGGAUAAUAUUGUGAUGUUCAUACAUUCAUGGCUGGUUGACAAGGUCUUCAUUUCCUUUGUUGGAUGUGACAAGCACACUCUUGUUUAAAAGAGCUAUAUGAUCCAUCAUGGCACCACAAUCAUGCAUUUUCCUUGUCAUUAGUACCAUCCAUUCAUCAUCACUUUUCCCCUGCCUUCUUUGCCAUGCUUAAUGCCGGCCUCGAAGCUGAGGUAGCAGAAUAAUAUGGAGAAGGCUCUCCCUUCACUACAUUCCCACCAUGAGACAUCCACUUUUCGAUUCUUGUUCCUUGACAUCAAUUAGUCCAAUGUUCAAGGAUUUGCUUUUGUGUAUAUGGAAGAUGAAAGAGAUGGUGAUGAUGCUGUACGAAGACUUGACCGUAUGGAAUUUGGCAGAAAAGGACGUAAGCUCCGUGUUGAGUGGGCAAAGGAAGAACGAGGCAGGCGCCAUGAGAGUACCAGGAGAUCUACCAAUAGCACUAGGAUUUCAAAGACUUUGUUUGUCAUCAACUUUGAUCCCUACCAUACUCGGACAAGGGACUUGGAGAGGCACUUUGAGCCAUAUGGUAAAAUACUCAACAUAAGGAUCCGAAGGAAUUUUGCAUUCAUUCAGUUUGAAACACAAGAAGAUGCCACUAAAGCAUUGGAUGCUACACACUUGAGUAAAGUGAUGGAUCGUGUCAUUACUGUGGAAUAUGCUAUCAAAGAUGAUGACAUGGGUGAUAGGAGAAACGGACGCAGUCCUGAUAGAGGUCGUGACAAGUUUCAAAGAAGGGAUGGUAAUGACCGGGACCGGUCUCGAAGCCCGUAUAGGAGAGAGAGGGCCAGCCCUGACUAUGGUGGGGUUCAUAGGUCCAGUCCUGACUAUGGUCGGGGACAUAGGUCCAGUCCAUAUCAUAGAGAAAGGCACAGUCCUGAUUAUGGUUGUAGACCUGGUUCAAGCCCAGCUAACAGAAGAAAGGAAAUUGAAUCGGCCUGUGACCGUAGUCCUAAUGUUAGGAAGAGGAGGUAUUCUGGUAAUGGAAGUGCUUCUAGCCUUAGUCCUGUACAGGAGAGGGCUGGUCCUGGCAAUGCCCGUGAACGUAGUCCAAACAACAGUGGAAGGGAUUUUGAACGGGCCUGCAACCGUAGUCCAGAUGCUAGUAGGAAUGAGAGGUAUGUUGGUAGGGACAAAGCUCCUAGCCUCAGGCCUAUGCGGGAGAGUUAUAGCCUUAGUCCUAUACGGGACAUGGCUGGUCCUGACCGUAGUCCAAACCACAGAAGGGAUGUUGAAUGGGCCCAUGACCAUAGUCCUAAUCACAGAGGAAGUAAUUUUGAACGGGCCUGUGACCGUAGUCCAAACCACAGAGGAAGGAAUGUUGAACAGGGCCGUAACCUUAGCCCUAACCACAGAGGAAGGGAUUCUGAACGGGCCCUUGACCGUAGUCCUAAUCACAGAGGAAGGGAUGUCCGUGACUGUAGUCCACACCACAGAGGAAGGGAUUCUGAACAGGCCAGUGACCGUAGUCCUAAUCACAGAGGAAGGGAUGUUGAACGUGGCGCCCAUGACCGUAGUCCGAAUCACAGAGGAAGGGAUGUUGAACGUGCCCGUGACUGUAGUCCACACCACAGAGGAAGGGAUUCUGACCAGGCCAGUGACCGUAGUCCUAAUCACAGAGGAAGGGAUGUUGAACGUGGCACCCAUGACCGUAGUCCUAAUCACAGAGGAAGGGAUGUUGAACAGGCCCGUGACUGUAGUCCACACCCAAGAGGAAGGGAUGUUGAACAGGCCAGUGACCGUAGUCCUUACUACAGAGGAAGGGAUGUUGAACGGCCCCACCAUAGUCCAAACCACAGAGGAAGGGAUGUUGAACAGGCACGUGACCUUAGUCCAGACAUUUGCAUGGAGAGGGCUGGUCCUGAAAAUGGGCAUGCUAACAGUCCUCCAGAAAGGGGAGGUCCUGAAUAUCCUCAUGGACACAGCCCGAGUCCUCAAAGAGAAGAUCAAGAGAAGUCAAGUCAUCUAGGUGGAAUUGAAGUGCCUGGUUUAAACCCUAAAAUAUAUGAUCCUGAGUUUAGGAGGGAAAGUCAAAGUCCACAUGAAAUAUACAAGAGUCGUUCAUCUUCAUCCUAAGAGAGGUCUCCCUGUUGAUGAAAUUCAUGGAAUGUGCUGCUGUGUGCUGGUCCAGUGCUGUGAUGCCAUUUCUUCUUUAGCUUUGUCAUUUCAGAUGUUCGUUUUGAUAUUUACCAUUACUGCGUUUUACCUGCAAUGGCCAACACCUUUUUCUGCCUUAUGUUGCAUUUUAGAUGUUUGAAUGUUAGAACUGGUUAUUCAAUUCUUUUUAUGGGGAGACUUUGGUCCUUGAGGUAUUGUUGGCGGUGAAAACAUAUGAACAAAGAGCGUUUUGGACCCCUAUUUUCCUUGCUCGACUUGUAUGUGCUAGGCAUAAUUAAUCUGCUGUGCCCAA